AUGAGGAUCCAUUACCUCCUCUUCAUGUUUCUCCUGGUGCUGCUGUCACCUCAUGCAGCUUUUACUCAAAGAAUCAAGAAUCCUGUAAGUUGCCUGACCAAUGGGGGCAUAUGCUGGGGUGCAUGCUCUAAAGGUUUUCGACAGAUCGGCACUUGUGGCCUUCCUAAAGUCAGGUGCUGCAAGAAAAAAUGAAUAAGAAGACCAAGAACCAGUGAGACAAAUGAAAUACCAGAAUCUGCUCCUCUAUGAAGAUGUGCAAAACUUAAACCAAAUUAAAGUCCUUUUCUUAAAUAUAAAAUCUUGCUUCCUCAUGGCUGUGUGAGGUUGCUGUUUGUUUUCUCAAAGGUUGAAUUAUAAAACCUUUGAGUGCUGUGGGAUGUUCCGUAUGUUAAAUGUGUUGCUCUGAUUGGUUAAUAAAUAAAAC